GAGAUUUAGAUAAUAUGGCGUUGCCCAUGUCCAGCGAAAGUUAAGGGUUGUACAUUGUUGUUUUUUUUUGGUGAAAUUUUGAAGUGACUUAUAAAUUAAUAUUCAUUUUUAAAGUAAUAUUUAUGCAAGUUGUAAAGAAAUGUCAAGCAUAAUCGUUAAAAACCUUCCAAAGAAGAUAACAGCACAGCGACUCCAGGAUGAGUUUUCCAUUCAUGGGCAGAUUACUAACCUACAGCUAAAAUACACGAAAGAUGGUGUAUUCAGGCAAUUUGCUUUUAUCGGUUUCAAAACUGAGAAAGAAGCUCUUGCUGCUAAAGAUUACUUUCACAAUACAUUUCUUGAUACUUCCAAGAUACAAGUGGAUAUUUGUACAGAUUUAGGAGACACGCACAAACCAAGACCCUGGAGUAAAUAUUCUCAAGGAAGUUCUGCCUUUCAGAAAAAAAAAUGUGCAGAAAAACUUAGUGAAGAUCCAGAAUUUAGAGAGUUUCUGGAGGUUCACAAGAAUCGUACAACAAAACCAUUAUGGAGUGAUGACAUUCCAACUGCUGUGAAGGAAACAAAUGAAAAUGUUACUUCUUCAAGUGUUGAGCCAGACUUGACAGAAAAAUGUGGUGUAAAAGCAGUUCAAGAAACUUCAAAAGGAUUGUCAGAUCUAGAAUACUUGAAAACUAAAGUGGUGCCAUCUGCUGGUGGUGAUGAUAUCGAGACAGACAGUGGACGUUCUUCACUUGAAGACAGUGAAGAAGAGAGUCCAAAAAAACAAGAUAAAAAAGGAACAAGUCACGAAGAAUUCACUUUAAAACUUCGAGGGCUUCCUUACAAAUGUAAAAAAAAGCAUAUUCGGGACUUCUUCAAACCACUGAAACCAGUAAGCUUACGAUUACCUCCAAAAGUAAAAGGGAUUGCUUAUGUUGGUUUUCGGACAGAAAAGGACAUGAAGCAGGGCCUCGUUAAGCAUAGAGGCUUUCUUGAUGGUCAAAGAAUUAGUGUUGUUAAGUAUAACAGGAAAGAAGACGUUGAACAAGUCAUAAGUGAGAAACAGAAGAAAAAUCCUGAAACUGAACCUGAAGAAUCUGUAGCUGAGUCGGGCCGUAUUUAUGUGCGAAACUUAACUUACUCUGUGUCAGAAGAGGAAAUAGAAAAUCUAUUUAGUAAAUAUGGAAAACUGACCGAAGUUCAUCUACCAAUUGAUCGUUUUACAAGAAAGUGCAAAGGAUUUGCUUUUGUUACCUUCAUGUUUCCUGAACACGCAGUCAAAGCUUUUUCUGAGCUGGAUGGAAAAAUAUUUCAGGGUCGUUUAAUGCAUCUGCUACCAGGAAAAUCCAAGAAGAAUUUGGAAGAAUUGAAAGAUGACGUGUCGUAUAAAAAGAAGAAAGAAGUUCAACUGAAGGCCACUAGUGGAAGUUCCCAUAACUGGAAUUCGUUAUUCCUCGGUGCUAAUGCCGUAGCUGACGUUAUUGCAGAAAAAUACAAUACGAGCAAAUCGAAUUUACUGAACACAGAAACAUCUGACAGCGUGGCUGUACGAAUGGCAUUAGGAGAAACCCAAAUUGUCUCCGAAACUCGAGACUUUCUUCUACAGAAUAAUGUCCAAUUAGAUGCCUUUAGCCAACCUGCAGCAGAAAGAAGUAAGACCGUAAUCCUCGUUAAAAACCUGCCAGCCAACACCAAACCAAUAGAAAUGAGAGAGUUAUUCUCAAAGUUUGGUGAAGUGGCUCGAAUAGUUCUUCCACCUACAGGUAUAACUUGUAUUGUAGAAUUUCAGGAACCAGCUGAAGCAAGAGCUGCUUACCAGAAGCUAGCUUAUUCAAAGUUUCAUCAUGUCCCUUUGUACUUGGAAUGGGCACCAGUAAACACGUUCUCUGUGCCUGCAAAGGUCAAGAAGGAAGAAGAACUGAAUGAGGAACAACCUGAAGAUGAAAACAAGAGAAACCAUGAAAGUGAGUCAAAUGUGAAUCCAGAAGAACUGGCUGACGAAGUUGAAGAACCAGACCCAGAUACAACUCUUUUUGUGAAGAAUCUGAACUUUGAUACAACAGAAAAAACACUGACUGAGCACUUUCAGAAAUGUGGGCCUCUUCACAGUGUGUCAAUUGCGAGGAAAAAAAAUGUCAAAAAUCCAGGUGAUAUGCUUUCCAUGGGAUAUGGUUUUGUUCAGUUUAAACAUAAAGAUUCUGCAAAAGAAGCCAUGAAGGAACUACAACAUUCUUUGUUAGACGGCCAUGCUCUCGAGCUGAAGCUUUCACAUCGAGCCACGCAACCAACACCAACUACAUCAAGAAAAAAAGUCAAAGUCUCCAAGCAGAAAAGCACCAAGAUCUUAAUACGUAACAUACCUUUUCAAGCAACUAAGAAGGAAGUUCAGGAACUUUUCAGCGUGUUUGGAGAACUGAAAGCUGUUCGAUUACCAAAAAAAUUUUCAGGAACAGGAACACACAGAGGUUUCGGCUUCGUAGAUUUCCUGACAAAGAACGACGCAAAGAGGGCGUUUAAGGCACUUUGUCAUAGCACUCAUCUUUAUGGUCGCCGUCUGGUGUUAGAAUGGGCAGAUACUGACGACACUGAAGUGGAAACAUUGCGUAAAAGAACAGCGGAACAUUUUCAUGAUGGUCCUCUUUCGAAAGGAGUAAAGAAAUCCUCACUGAUGGCGGAGUUAGUUGGCUGAAAGUGUGACGUCAAGACAAAAGUGUUGUUGGACUUCGUUCUCUGACAUCAUUUCUUAUUUCACCAAUCCAGCAACCGGGGUCAUCCUUUUAACAUUCUCAACCAACACCGUUACUGAUGUACAGUUAAUGUAUAAAGGUAGUUAUCCUGAAGAAACAUACAAUAAAUGCAUUUUUUAAUUUGAAAAUA